AUGGAUGGCCACAUGGGAUUGGCUUACUCUUUAGCUCUAAAAUUAUCUGGAGUUACAAGUAACAUGCAAGCUCCAGUUGGUGGAACUAUUAGCAGAAAUGAAAAUGGAGAACCUUCAGGCCUUAUGAUUGAUUCUGCAAUGAAAGUUGUUCUUUCAUGCGUUCUGGAAGUUUCUGUUGAAGAAAGAAGACAAGCAUUGGAUAGAGCUAGUAGGUAUGCAUUUAUGAGAGGUGGCACAACAGUUGUUGAUUUUGGAAGAUAUUUUCCUGGAGCAUCACUAGAACACCCGAUUCUUAGGUAUUGUUUAAUUAUGAGUUAUUGGGUGGUGGAGUCUUUGAUGCGUGAUCAGAGAGCUGUGAUUAUUUAUCGAGCUAACAUCUACGAGCCAUAUGUUGAUGAGCCUUGGAAUAUUGGCCUCCAAGUUACUGAUAUGGAAAGCUUAUCUAAUAUGAUUGUUCAAUCCGACAAAUAUGGCCUCCAGGUUGCUAUUAAUGCUAUUUGA